AUGACAAAAAAUAAGAGAUCUCUUAGAAACUUUUUUAUCUACAAGUGUCUGUUUGCAUUAACUGUUUGGAACAAUGUCAGUCUGACUGUGGAAAAUGAACUCUUUACAUCUGUUUCUAAUGAUUUUCCAGAAGAUGGUUCUGACAAAAAAAUUAAGACCCUGCCACUCCUGUAUGCAAAUACUCAUCAGCCCAAAGCUAAUUUUGACUGGGUUGUGAUACAAAAUACUACAGAAAGCCUGUCAUUGUCAGAAAUCACAAAUGAUAAUGUAGAACAAUUAGUAGCUUUGUUAUCUAAUUUCAGACAAGGCUCCAGGUUGCAAAAUCUGACACUGACAAAUAUGUUAGUGGACUGGAAGUAUCUUAUUGACAUUUUUCAGACUGUAUGGCAGUCAUCCAUUCAAUACUUAAAUAUUAACAAUGUAACACAAUUAUCUGACGUUAAAAGUUAUCGCUUCGAUUAUGCAGGUACCUCUUUGAAAUCACUGACAUUGAAGAAGAUUUUAAUCACAGAUCUGUACUUCACACAAGAUGACCUGUACAGAAUAUUUGCAGACAUGAAUAUUGCAGCCUUGACAAUAGCUGAAUCAGAGAUGAUACAUAUGCUGUGCCCUUCAUCUGAAAGUCCUUUUAGAUACUUGAAUUUUUUAAAGAAUGAUUUAACAGAUCUUCUUUUUCAAAAAUGUGACAAGUUAACUCAACUGGAAACGUUAAUCUUACAGAAGAAUAAAUUUGAGACCCUUUCCAAGGUGAGCUCCAUGACCAGCCAUAUGAGAUCACUGCAAUAUCUGGACAUGAGCAGCAACCUGCUGAGCCACAACGGAGCUGAUAUGCAAUGCCAAUGGGCUGAGUCUCUGGCAGAGCUGGACCUGUCCUCAAAUCUGUUGUCAGAUUCCGUGUUUGAGUGCUUGCCAGUCAACAUCCAAAAACUGGACCUACGACAAAAUCAGAUCACCAGUGUCCCCAGGGGGAUGGCUGAGCUGAAGUCCUUGAAAGAGCUGAACCUGGCGUCCAACAGGCUGGCCGCCCUGCCGGUGUGCAGCGGCUUUACGUCCCUGGAGUUCCUGAACGUAGAGAUGAAUUUGAUCCUCACCCCACCUGCUGGCUUCUUCCAGAGCUGCCCGCGGGUCAGGGAGCUCCAAGCCGGGCACAACCCGUUCAAGUGCUCCUGUGAGCUGCAGGACUUCAUCCGCAUGGAGCGGCAGUCCGGGGGGAAGCUGUUUGGCUGGCCGGCAGCCUACGUGUGCGAGUACCCACAGGAGCUGCGGGGAAGGCAGCUGAAGGACUUCCACCUGAGCGAGCUGGCCUGCAGCACAACGCUCCUGCUGGUGACAGCUCUGGGGCUGACGCUGGUGCUGGUGGCCGCCGUGGCCUUUCUGUGCAUCUCGCUGGACGUGCCGUGGUACGUGCGCAUGACCUGGCGCUGGACGCAGACGAAGCGGAGAGCGCGGCACAACCGGCCCGCCGAGCAGGCGGCCGCGCUGCAGUUCCACGCCUUCAUCUCCUACAGCGAGCGCGACUCGUUGUGGGUGAAGAACGAGCUGAUGCCCAACCUGGAGAAAGGGGAGGGCUGCGUGCAGCUGUGCCAGCACGAGAGGAACUUUGUCCCCGGCAGGAGCAUCGUGGAGAACAUCAUUAACUGCAUUGAGAAGAGCUACAAGUCGAUCUUUGUCUUGUCUCCCAACUUUGUGCAGAGCGAGUGGUGUCACUAUGAGCUGUACUUUGCCCAUCACAAGUUAUUUAGCGAGAAUUCCAACAGCUUGAUCCUCAUUCUGCUGGAGCCCAUCCCUCCGUACGUUAUCCCUGCCAGGUACCACAAGCUGAAGGCUCUCAUGGCAAAGCGAACCUACCUGGAGUGGCCCAAGGAGAGAAGCAAGCGGCCCCUUUUCUGGGCUAAUCUGAGGGCAGCUGUUAGCAUUAACUUGCCAAUGUGUGAUGGAAGAAGGUGUGAGGAAACAGAUUAA